CUGAUCCUGAUCCUGAAUCUUCCCCGCAGAUGCGUUCCACGUUGUGUUCAAAAUUCGCUGUGUUCACCCCACAGCGCCACAAUGGAUGCAACGACAAUAGAGGUCGAUUCCGAUACCCAGAGCAUCAACUCUGACUAUGAGAGCGUAGUCUCGGAUACAACAUCGACGCGCUCAUCCAUUUUCGAAUACGUUUACGAGAAUGGCCAUACGUAUCAUGCGUAUCGCGCGGGCCAAUACCUUCUUCCCAACGACGAAAAGGAGCAAGACCGCCUGGAUCUGCAGCAUCACAUCUUCAGAUUAGUCCUCGGUGGCGAUAUUACUAUCUCGAAGCUGAAGGAUCCGCAGCGGAUCCUCGACGUCGGCACUGGCACUGGAAUUUGGGCUAUCGACGCCGGUGAUCUCUUCCCUUCAGCAGAAGUGAUUGGGGUUGAUCUUAGUCCCAUCCAACCGAAUUGGACACCGCCCAACGUCAAAUUUGAAAUAGAUGACGUUACGUUGCCAUGGACGUACGAACUGAACAGCUUCGACUUCAUUCAUAUCCGCACUCUCGGUGGAAGCAUCAAGGACUGGGUAGGUUUUUUGGUUCAAGUGUACAAACAUCUGAAGCCUGGCGGCUUGAUCGAGGUUUCCGAAAUUCGAACUCAUUUCCAUUGUGACGAUGGGUCUCUCGGAAAGGACUCGAACUGUGUGAAGUGGGAGGAAACAUUUCAUGAGAUUGCAAAGGGAAUAGGUCUUGAGUUUGAUCAGAUGCCUAAAAUGUCAGGAUGGGUCAAAGAGGCCGGUUUCACAGACAUUCAGGAGGUCGAGAAAUUAAUUCCUAUUGGAACGUGGGCAAAAGACAAACGUCUGAAAGAAAUCGGAAUGUACUAUCUCGUCCACUUAUUGAUCGGUAUGGAACAUUACAGCAUAGCUUUGUUCACACGCAAUGGUUGGCUAGCUGAGGAAGUUCAAGUUCUUCUGGCCAAGGUCCGCAAUGAGCUUCUCAGUAACAAAUUCCAUACAUAUACAAAAGCAGUUUUCGUAACCGCACGAAAACCGGAUACUCGCUAACUUAAGACAUCACACUUGGUCACGUGUUCUACUUCUCACUUCGUGCGGCAGGCUCUGUUCGAUCUCCCUUUGAUUCUCAGGACCAUAGCAAGAUUUUUUCUGUACUUUCGGGAAAUAGAAAGACGGAAGAUUGCUGCUUUCAAUCCAAUUUCCUCAAAGGCUUUCCGCCCUACAAAGAUUCAUUGUGCGUUUUCAAGGUGCAUUGCGAAAAUCGACAUAGCCUGACCUGCACAGCUCAACUUUAGGAGACGAGUUUGAGCAUAAGGUGUUUAUAUAUGUCAGCGCUUUCUUAGUUGUAACAGUCGCAAGCUCAAGAAGUUGUAUUAGUCUUUGAUGGGGGACGGAGAGAUUAAGUUCAAUCCGGCGUGAUGGGAUAUGCUUGGGCAAGCUAUUUGGCCUUCAAAAUUUUCUUCCCUGUUGAUAAGAUCAAUUGAAAAAUCUCCUGGAGCUAGAAAAAUGUGGUGAAAAUACUGUAAUGUGUCCUAAAAUAGUGCUGAGCUUGAUACUGUGGCUUCGCGGAGCCCAUGACCGAGCUCCGAGAUAGAUCCGAUUUGGGGUGGAUCAUAACUUCGUCACCAAGUUUCAUAACUGAAUCUCAAGCUCAAGCUUUAAAUAUA